GCCUCACUUUCACUCAGCGCCGCUCAUUUUCCGACCCAAAUGAGUUUCGCGAGAAAUGCAAGAUAAAUCAAAUACGCUGUUGAAGAUUUUCAAAUAACUGUACUCUUAUCAAAAUACAGAUAUGACACAGUCGCUCAAUGCCGUACAACAGCAACAUGAAGACGGUGAGCUGGACAAAGCUAUGCCGAUCAACACCGACUUGACUCAAGCACAAUCACAGUUGGACCGAGCACCGGCUCAGUGGACAUCGGCUUGUGGCACAAAGUUCGCGGUUUCAAUUCUUUCUCCACUAGGCUGUUGUUGUACAUUUGAGGAUUUGUGCGUUUGUUGAAGCUCAGCUCAGCGCAGCUCAGCCUAGCUCAGAGCUCUGUAUAAAGCUAUAAAAGCGCACCACAGGCGGACGGACGCCACCAGUUGAACGCGAACGGGCAUUUGGCGACAAUCGUUAUUAUUGAAUGGCAGUAACAACAAUAGCAAACAUAAUAGUAGCUGCUGAAGAGGAAGUGCCUGCCUUGUGGAUUAACUAAAUAGUAAAAAGUAGUGUUUGUGAAUACUAAAAGCAAGCAUAGUGAACUACUAAGUGUGCAUUCAUACAUACUUAACUACAUACAUAUAUGGAUAUGUAUAUGGUAUGAAGAGGGUGGAAAGCACUAAUUAAGUGGCAUAUGUACCUAUAUACAUACAUACAUACAGUAAAAUAUAUUAUUGCAAAUGCUUGUGCCCGAACCUAUUCUACAUACAAUUUAUGCAAUAUUAUACAAUAUUGUCGUGUGCAAACGUCUAUGUAUGUGUACUAAUUAAUUGUGCACUAUUUAAUGGCCAAAGGACUUAAUUAAUCGUUGUCUGAGAUUUGAACGAAAAGCGUAUGCGGAAAGUGUAAAAACACACACACACAUACACAAUUACGAAAUAAAAAGUUUAUUAAAUAAAAAUACGAUAAAAAUAUAAUAAAAUUUUUAAAUAAGUCUACAAAUUAUUUAAAAAAAAAAAGUAGUUAAAUUAAGAUUACCGCGUUAAAAUAAAGUGUACGUCAAUAUGUCACUAGAAGUUUUAAAGGAUCACGUCCUGAUUUCGCCCAGCAGCGUUUUCUAUUUUCUGCUGCUGCCCACUUUUCUCCUAUGGCUAACUUACUGGCGUCUAUCACGACGUCAUCUCUACAAGUUGGCCGACCGUUUGCCGGGACCUAAGGGUUUGCCCAUUGUUGGUCACCUGUUAGAUGUAUUCGGGCCGGCAUCAUCGGUUUUCAAGACCGUCAUUCGCAAAAGCGCCGAAUUUGAAAAUAUCGCCAGAAUGUGGAUCGGUCCGCAGCUGGUCGUUUUCAUUUACGAUCCACGUGACGUUGAAAUUUUGCUGAGCAGCCAAGUUUACAUUGACAAAUCAUCGGAAUACAAAUUCUUUAAGCCAUGGCUCGGUGAAGGAUUGCUCAUUAGCACAGGUGCGAAAUGGCGCGCUCACCGCAAGCUGAUCGCUCCAACAUUUCAUUUGAAUGUAUUGAAGAGCUUCAUUGAUUUAUUUAACGAGAACUCACAGCUAGUGGUGCGUAAAUUGCGUGCCGAGGGUGGAAAAGCCUUUGAUUGUCACGAUUAUAUGAGCGAGGCAACAGUGGAGAUCUUACUUGAGACGGCCAUGGGUGUUUCGAAGAAAACCCAGGACAAAUCCGGCUAUGAGUACGCUUUAGCCGUUAUGAAAAUGUGCGAUAUACUACAUAUGCGCACUCGCAGUAUUCUGCUACGAAAUGACUUCAUCUUCACGCUCUCCAAAUAUUAUCAUGAGCAAGGUAAAUUGCUGAGUAUCAUACAUGGACUUACAACGAAAGUAAUCAAAUACAAGAAGGCCGCAUUUGACAACGGUACACGCGGUUCACUGGCACAACAAGAAGUGACAGCUAAAAAAAUUACACCACCACCAACACCAAAAGCAGGAUCAAAACAAGAAUCCGCAAAAGAAACAUCCAUUGAAGGUCUGUCGUUUGGUCAAGCGGAGGGUUUGAAGGAUGAUCUAGAUGUCGAGGAGAAUGAUGUGGGCCAGAAAAAACGUUUGGCCUUCCUCGAUCUGUUAUUGGAGAGUGCACAAAAUGGUGCUUUGCUCAACGAUACCGAGAUAAAAGAACAGGUUGAUACGAUUAUGUUUGAGGGACACGAUACAACCGCAGCUGGUUCAUCUUUCUUUCUCUCAUUGAUGGGCAUACAUCAGGGUAUACAAGAUCGAGUAAUUGCCGAGUUGGAUGAAAUAUUCGGUGACUCAGAUAGGCCAGCCACAUUUCAGGAUACUUUAGAAAUGAAAUAUAUGGAACGUUGUCUUAUGGAAACGUUACGCAUGUAUCCGCCAGUGCCGUUAAUAGCACGUGAAUUACGGGAAGACUUAAAAUUGGCAUCCGGACCAUAUGUUAUACCGCGUGGUGCCACCGUUACAGUGGCUACGUACAAAUUGCAUCGCAAUCCAAAUGUUUAUGAGAAUCCAAAUAUAUUUAAUCCCGAUAAUUUUUUGCCUGAACGUCAAGCCAAUAGACAUUAUUAUGCCUUUGUGCCGUUCUCAGCGGGACCGCGGAGUUGUGUUGGCCGUAAAUAUGCCAUGCUUAAACUGAAAAUACUCCUAUCGACCAUUCUUCGAAACUAUCGUGUCCAUUCAGAUUUAACCGAGGCCGACUUUAAGCUACAAGCCGAUAUCAUAUUGAAACGUGAAGAGGGCUUCCGUGUACGCUUGCAGCCGAGACAGCCCAAACCGAAGUCAAUAUAAAGGACUAACCGUCUAAUAAUUUUAUAAUUCUACUAGGUUUUGGAUUUACAUGCAUUCAAAUAUAUAUACAUAUAUUUUUCACAUACUUGAGGUUAAAUGUUCUUUUUUGGUGAAAAUAAAUAAAAUCGCAUUUAUUUAGACAGAAAAAGAUACACGUCCUUUGAAAUAUGGCUUACUGUUUUAACCCAAAUAAAAAAAUUUUGUCAAUAAAUUACCGUGUAUUACUUUGAUUGCCUCAUUUUAACAGCUUAAUCUCGAAAGAAUUCUAAGGUCACACAAUUCUGAUACUUUUUGAUUCUGUGGCAACAAUUUAAAUGUAACACACAGUUUAAAAGAUUUCCACCUCACCAAAAUAUUAUGUGGCAACAUCUAAAAUGUAAAUAGCAUCAGCUGUUUAUGAUAUAAAACGAACAAGCCUAUUCGGAAAAAUAUGGAGAUCGGAAACAAAUUACCAAAUGUACAAAUUAAAUUCCAUAAAUAUUAACAUCUCAAAUUAUAAGCCUAUGGAAGGAAUCUAGAACCCAGCCUCAGCUGAUAUUGGGUUGUACAUUUCACGGGGAAACCACAAAUCCACACGUACGGGUUAGAUCAGCCACAUAAAUAAGAUUGAAGGCAAUAUAGGAAACAGGCAGAAACUAAAAAGCACACACGGACGUCUAGAUGAACUAGAAUUCACAAACGUUAUGUUUUUUUUAUAGAAAAAAUAAGAUAAAUUCCAGCUGGAGUAAAAGCAACAUUUUGGAUAUCGUAAAGUUCUUAUUACUAAUUGACAUCAUUACAAUUAAAAUAAAAAAGUAUAGUUGUAUGAAAAGUAA